UCAAAUAAAGAAAAUCAGAGGAAGGAAAAAAGAAAUGAAGCUCGUUUGUUUGAUUUCUUUCUUCUUCUUCAUCAUCUCAACGUCUCUUGCCGCCGUCCCUCCUCCGAACCCAACAACACUCUACCAAAGCUUUCUCCAAUGUUUCUCAAACCAAACACAAUCCCCUCCUAACUCCUUAUCCGACAUCGUCUUACCCCGAACCGCACCCGGUUUCACCCCCACCCUCCGCGCCUACAUCCGAAACGCGCGUUUCAACACUUCCACCACCUCCAAACCAGCGAUCGUGAUCGCGGCCCGUUCCGAGGCCCACGUUCAGGCCACAGUCCUCUGCUCCAAGACUCUGAACGUCCAGCUGAAAACCCGAAGCGGCGGCCACGACUACGAGGGCGUUUCCUACACCUCCAACGCUCCUCUCUUCGUCGUCCUCGACAUGUCCAACCUCCGAACCAUCACCGUCGUCGGCGAGACCGCGUGGGUGGGAGCCGGCGCCACGCUCGGCGAGGUUUACUACAGGAUAUGGGAGAAGACAAAGCUCCACGGGUUCCCCGCCGGUGUCUGUCCCACCGUCGGAGCCGGAGGUCACAUCAGCGGCGGCGGUUACGGAAACAUGAUCAGAAAAUACGGUCUCUCCGUAGACUACGUCACCGACGCCAAGAUCGUCGACGUUAACGGGCGUGUUCUUGAUCGUAAAGCGAUGGGAGAAGAUCUCUUCUGGGCCAUUAGAGGAGGAGGAGGAGCCAGCUUCGGUGUGAUCUUGGCUUACAAGAUCACACUCGUCCCCGUUCCCCCGACAGUCACAGUCUUCAGAGUGGAGAAGAACUUGGACGAGAACGCCGUCGACAUGGUUCAUAAGUGGCAGUUUGUUGCUCCCAAGACCGACCCGAGUCUUUUCAUGAGGCUUUUGCUACAGCCCGUGACUAGGAACAAGGCCCAGACGGUUCGGGCCUCGGUCGUGGCUCUGUUUCUUGGUAAGUCAAGCGAUGUCUUGUCUUUAAUGACAAGAGACUUCCCAGAGCUCGGUCUGAAGCAAGAGAACUGCACGGAGCUUACUUGGAUACAGUCGGUGCUGUGGUGGGCGAACCACGACAACGCUACACAGGUCAAACCCGAGAUCUUGCUGGACCGUAACCCGGACUCGGCGUCUUACGGGAAGAGGAAGUCGGAUUACGUGGAGAAAGAGAUCACCAAAGAAGGGUUGGAUUACUUGAUGAGGAAGAUGAUCGAGGUUGGGAAGACAGGUUUGGUGUUUAACCCUUACGGAGGGAAGGUGAGCGAGGUGGCUACGACAGCGACUCCUUUCCCGCACAGGACUAAGCUUUACAAAGUUCAGCACUCGAUUAACUGGAAAGAUCCGGGGACGGCAGCUGAGAGCAGUUUCUUGCAGCAGACGAGAAGCUUCUAUAGCUACAUGGCUCCGUUUGUGACCAAGAACCCUAGACACACGUAUCUCAACUACAGGGAUUUGGAUAUUGGUGUUAAUACCCAUGGGCCGAAUAGUUACAGAGAGGCUGAGGUUUAUGGGAGGAAGUACUUUGGAGAGAAUUUUGAUAGGUUGGUGAAAGUGAAAACUGCCGUAGAUCCGCAAAACUUCUUCAGAGAUGAACAGAGUGUACCUACCUUGCCUGGCAAGGCAUAGGCACUAGUUUUUGGCUAUGUUGUGAAGGAAAGCGACCAAGAGACAAGAGCAAUAUGUUAUUAUAAACUGAUUUCUUUAUUAUUUUUAAAACUUGUAAAUUGUAAUACAAGAUAUGCUAUCUAAAACUGAUUUUUUUUUCA